AUGGUAAUAUCAGAGACCAACGUCUCUCUGCAACAAACAAACCCCACUUUUCUGAACCAAAACUCUCUUCUCCCUCUUAGCUUCAUCACGAUGGACAUGGAAAGAGGACCCAGAUAUGAAGCAUACGCUGAGUUGAGGGAAAGAAAGCUACGCAUGAAGUACCUGAGACAACAAGAACUAGAAGAAUAUGAAGAAGUAGAAAAAGAAGAAGCAAAGGUUCCAACCCCACCGAGAAAACAGGUGAAGUUUCAAGCUUCUGGGAGAAAAGGGUCUUCUCUUGUUGCUCAGUCUGUGCCAGAUUUGGGUGCAGCGUUGAGGAAGGAGAAUCGAAAGCCAAUGGUGAAUAUGCUACCUACAGUGAUGGAGUUGACACCUCCAUCCAAGAGUGGUUAUGGGGUUUUGUCAAGUUCAAGAGGAAGUAAAUCAGCAAAUGCAGGAGAGAAGAGAAGGGGUGGUGGAAUUCUCACUGCAAGGAAGAGCUAUGCCACCAUUCAUGAACUCAAGAGCUUUUCCUCUGCUACUGCCAAUGCUAUCAAUGGUGAAAGUAGAGGAAUAAGGAAUAGUAGCAGAGUGAUGGGGAAAAAGACUGUUUUGGGGUAUAGACAGUUUUGAGUUUGGAAAUGGAGUUUCUUAAACUUCGAUUUCUUUAUUUUGUGACUUUUCUGCCUUCAUUUUUCAUUUUUUUUAGUUUUG